AAAAGAAUUAAGGUACUCAAGCUAAUUAGACGAAUAAAUAAUAUUAGUAUGAUUUAACAUUUCAACCUGUUAAGAAGAAAAGUUACCGAUCGAUUGAAAUAAUUAUCCAUUUAGAAAUGGAUGAUAAUAAUUCUAAAGAGAUAAAUGAAAAUGCGACAGGCAGUGAGAAAGAAAAAGAAGAUCGAGAAAAUUGGUCCGGAAAAUUAGAUUUUUUAAUGUCUUGUAUAUCAGUGUCGGUGGGGUUGGGUAAUAUUUGGAGAUUUCCUUUUAUCGCAUACGAAAACGGUGGUGGAGGAUUCCUGAUACCAUAUGUCAUUGUUCUAUUCCUCAUUGGUAAACCAAUGUAUUAUAUGGAAGCGCUUAUGGGACAAUUCACCAGUAAAAGUUUUGUAGGAAUGUGGUCUGCCUGUCCAUUAUUUUCAGGAGUGGGCAUUGGACAGUCAAUAUCGGCAUUCUCAGUUUUAACAUACUAUUCAGCUUUAAUUGCAAUUACUAUUUAUUAUUUCAUUGGAUCUUUUCAAUCACCCCUGCCAUGGUCAUAUUGCAGAAAGGAGUGGGGAGUGAACUGCGUGGGCUCCAGUUUAACAGGUUAUGUAAAUACGAAUACGAGUGAAAAGCUACAGAGCAGCUCUGAGUUAUAUUACAGCAAAGCCGUUUUAAGAGAAUAUGAAGACAUAUCAGAUGGCAUUGGGGUUCCAAGUUGGCAGCUCACAUUAACACUGUUUCUUUCCUGGAUGGUUACAUAUUUGAUAUUAAUUAAAGGCAUGCAAAGCUUAGGAAGAGUUGCUUAUUUUUUAGCAAUAUUUCCAUACGUAAUCUUAAUCACGUUAUUAAUAAGGGCAGUGACUUUGGAGGGCGCUGUAGACGGAAUUAUUUUUUUCUUAAAACCGGAAUGGAAUAAAUUACUAGAUACGAAGGUUUGGAAGGAAGCCGUGGUGCAGUGUUUCUUUUCUUUGGCCGUUGCGUUUGGUCCGAUUGUUGCAUUUUCAUCGCAUAACCAUUUUCGUUACAAUGUUUACAGAGACGCUAUGAUUGUAACAACUUUAGACACUUUUACAUCAUUUUUGGCUGGCGUUACUAUUUUUGGAAUAUUGGGAAACUUGUCACUUAACUUAAAUGCUGACAAUAUUGGAGAAGUAGUGCGCAGUGGAACUGGCUUGGCUUUUAUUUCAUAUCCUGAUGCAAUCGCUAAAUUUGAGUUUGUACCUCAGCUUUUUUCGGUAUUAUUCUUUUUCAUGCUAUUCAUCCUGGGUAUCGGAACAAUAGCUGCCUUACAAAGUGCAAUCAUAACUGUUCUUUGUGACCAAUUCAAACUGAAGAAGUUCUGGUUAGUCUCCUUGGUGAUAACAAUUGUAGAAUUUGGAAUUAGUUUGUUAUAUAUAACGCAGGGCGGACAAUGGAUUCUAAACCUCGUGGACUUUUUUGCGGGUACUUAUAUAGUAUUUUCUCUGGCAGUUUUUGAAGUUGCCGGAAUAACUUGGUUCUACGGUCUUCGAAACUUCUGUGACGAUGUAGAAUUUAUGACCAAUCGUAAAGUGUCAGUUUAUUGGCGGCUGUGUUGGGGGUUAAUUACCCCAUUAUUACUGGCUGCGAUUUUUAUAUACUCACUUGCAAUUAUGGAACCAAUAACUUAUGCUGGGUUACCAUACCCGGUGUCUUUUGAAAUUGUUGGUUGGGUGUUGCUCGCAAUUGGAUUUCUUCAAUUUCCCUUAUGGAGCAUUUGGCAUUUGUCUACACACAAAAAGCCUACCUUUGGAAGGACAAUUAAAGAAGCUGCUUCACCGAAUACAAAGUGGGGUCCAGCAGAUCCGAAAAUUCGAGCGGAAUGGUUACAUCACAAGGAAUGCCUAAGGAAAUCACGUGAAGAAGAAAGAAAUAAAAAGGGGUUUAGUAUUUUUAAGCAAAAUGUGUAUUUCUUAAUAGGUUUAUCGAAAUAACACCAGUUGAUCGAAAUUAAACUAAUAAUCAUAUAAGAUCAAAAAAAUUAAAA